UCCAUUACGGAUAAAAUUUUACAUUUGUAUGAGAAUGAGAUGAAUCCGCAGCCGAUCCCCGACUCCGAGGCCUAAGGCUUCUUAGUAAGAGCAGCUGUCGCUGCAGGAAUGGCCUCUUAUUCAUUCUUCGUCUCCUCUCUCUUCCACUCUUCCUCCUCUGCAACCAACCCAACCGCAGCUGUGUCCUCUUCCUCUCUUUCUCCAACUAGAAGGACAAAGAUUGAUCUCACUCUUCUCAAACCCAAGUCUCUUCUCCUCCACAACCACCGUUUCUUCUCCCCUGUUGUUUCUGUACUCUUCAACCACAGUCGCAAAGGGACCCAUCUCGCUGCUACCAACGCCAACGCCAACACCAACACUAACACCAACACCAACCCACCGUUCUCCUCGAAUUCUUCCCCUUUCUCGUCUGCCUUAGAAUCUGUAUUUGUCUUCUGCACUUCCCUCGCCCUUUCCUUCUCUCUCUUCAUUGCUGAUGUUGAUGCUGCGUCCGCUUUUGUCGUCACUCCUCGAAAGUUGCAGUCAGAUGAGCUUGCCACUGUUCAGCUCUUCCAGGAGAAUACUCCCUCCGUUGUCUAUAUAACUAACCUCGCCGCCAAGCAGGACGCGUUUACUUUGGAUUUGUUGGAGGUGCCCCAAGGCUCUGGUUCGGGUUUUGUUUGGGAUAAAAACGGCCACAUUGUUACUAAUUAUCAUGUGAUUCGUGGUGCUUCCGAUCUCAGGGUUACUCUUGCUGACCAAACAACUUUCGAGGCAAAGGUUGUUGGCUUUGAUCAAGAUAAGGAUGUUGCUGUUUUGCGUGUUACUGCACCAAAAGAUAAAUUGAGACCCAUACCUGUUGGUGUCUCUGCAAACUUGCUUGUCGGCCAGAAAGUUUAUGCUAUUGGAAAUCCUUUUGGGCUUGACCAUACACUUACAACUGGUGUUAUCAGUGGACUUCGUAGGGAAAUCAGUUCUGCUGCUACAGGGCGUCCUAUUCAGGAUGUGAUACAAACUGAUGCAGCCAUAAACCCUGGUAACAGUGGAGGGCCACUUCUUGAUAGUUCUGGCAGCUUAAUCGGGAUAAAUACUGCUAUAUAUUCUCCAUCGGGUGCAUCUUCUGGUGUUGGAUUUUCAAUUCCAGUUGACACUGUCGGUGGCAUUGUCGACCAGCUGGUGAAGUAUGGGAAGGUUACUAGACCAAUUUUAGGAAUCAAGUUUGCACCUGAUCAGUCUGUGGAACAACUCGGUGUUAGUGGGGUGCUUAUUUUAGAUGCACCUGCAAAUGGUCCAGCUGGCAAAGCGGGUCUACAAUCAACCAAAAGAGAUGGCUACGGCAGGCUUAUUUUAGGUGACAUCAUAACAUCUGUGAAUGGGAGAAAGGUCACCAAUGGGAGUGACUUGUACAGAAUCCUAGACCAAUGUAAAGUCGGUGAUGAGGUCAUGGUGGAGGUAUUGCGUGGUGACCACAAAGAGAAGAUACCUGUAAUUCUUGAACCAAAGCCUGAUGAGUCCUGAUAUACAGUGGGAAUUUCAUCAUUGUGUUAAACCUCAUGAUGUAUGUAGGUAUACAAAUGUAGGCGGCAAUUGUUUUGUGCAUCAAUUGCAUGGCAACUGAAUUGAGGUUAUUGCUGUACAUGUCCCACUUAUCAUGUGUCUAUAGCAUUGGUCUCAUUGAGUCUACUUGCUGCAAA